AUGAAUAGUGAUCGAACAUGGAUGUAUCAAAAAAAGGAUGAUCAUGGAUUUGUAAAUCCUGCUUUUGUUCGCGGGUUAAAGGAGUUUAUGAAAUAUGUCAAAUCUCAACCCUCAUCGAUGAAUGGUACAAAUAUAAGAUGUCCAUGUUUGACAUGUAAAAAUCGUAGAUUCCGGGACGCAGAUACAGUGGAAUUGCAUAUUUUACAAAAGGGAUUUGUAAAAGAUUAUUAUCAGUGGGAUCGACACGGAGAGCCAUAUAUUGCCAGAGAGCAUGAUGAACAAUUUUCGGCAAAUAAUUCAAAUGUUCGGGAAGAAGAAAACAAUUUAAUGUAUAAUAUGGUGAUGGAUACAGCUGGUCUCAAUUUUGAUCCGCACUGUCCACAAGAGAUGCCGAAUUCCGAAGCUAAAAAAUUGUACAACAUGUUGGAAUCUUCGGAGCGGGAGUUGUAUGAUGGUUGUGAAACUUCUCAGUUAUCUGCUAUGGCUCAAAUGUUAAGUUUGAAAUCUGAACAUCAUUGGUCAGAGGCUUGUUAUGAUCAGACAUCUCAGUUCAUUAAAGGAAUCUUGCCCCAAGAUAAUACCUUUCUAGAUAGCUUUUACGGUACGAAGAAACAUAUGGAGGGAUUGGGUCUUCCCGCUGAGCAUAUUGAUUGUUGUGUAAAUGGGUGCAUGAUAUACUGGGGCGAAGAUAGUAGCAUGGAGUUCUGUAAAUUUUGUUCACAGCCAAGAUAUAAAGUCAGGGUUAAUCGAUCUACUAGAGAGAGAAAACAAGUGGCUGUUAAAACAAUGAUAUAUUUACCGUUGGCUCCGAGACUGCAAAGAUUGUAUGCAUCAACAGCUACUGCAUCUUGUAUGAGAUGGCAUGCUGAACACCAUCAAGAAGAUGAUGUGAUGUGUCAUUGUUCAGAUUCUGAAGAGUGGAAGCAAUUUGACCGCAAACACCCUUCAUUUUCAUCAGAAAUAAGAAAUGUGAGACUUGGACUAUCUGCUGAUGGAUUUCAACCAUUUGGUCAAACUGCUUAUUCGAUGUUAUCGGGAUGGAAAACUGCUGGUCAUUUAGCUUGUCCUUAUUGUGCUCAUGACCAUGAUGCAUUUAAUCUUUCACAUGGCGGCAAGUCAACAUGGUUUGAUAAUCAUCGAAAAUUUUUACCUGCCAACCAUCCAUUUCGAAGAAAUAAAAACUGGUUUACCAAGGGAAAGACGGUAUCUAAAUUUGCAACACCACCAAGACCGGGUGAAGAUGUUUUUCAAGAAAUUGAGUCAUUUGGGUUGAUGAAAGUUACUGAAUUGGGAUGUGAUGAGCAUAAUGCUAAAAUCAUGAAAAAUCAUAAAUGUGGGUGGAAGAAACGAAGCAUCUUUUGGGAUUUGCCAUAUUGGAAAACAUUAUCAAUUAGACACAACCUUGAUGUCAUGCACAUUGAGAAAAAUGUAUUUGAGAAUAUUUUUAACACUAUUAUGGCCAUCAAAGGGAAAACGAAAGAUAAUGCCAAGGCAAGAGCUGAUAUUGCACUAAUUUGUCAGAGACCGGAGCUAGCUUUUGAUGAAUCUACAGGGAAAUAUCUAAAAGCAUGUUAUAGCUUAGACAAGAAAAGUAAAGAAAAGGUUUGUCAGUGGUUACAAGAGCUUAAAUUUCCAGACGGUUAUGUAUCAAAUAUGGGACGUUGCAUUGUUAUGAGAAAAUACAAAUUAUUUGGAAUGAAAAGUCAUGAUUGCCAUGUGUUUAUGCAAAGGCUACUUCUGAUUGCUUUUAAAGAGUUUCUUCCGACAAAUGUUUGGGAGGCUGUGACUGAAUUAAGCCUUUUCUUUAGAGAUCUCACAUCAGCUACUUUGAAAGUUACUGACAUGAACAGACUUGAAGAAAAAAUUCCUAUGAUACUUUGUAAAUUAGAGAGGAUAUUUCCUCCAGCACUAUUUGACUCCAUGGAACAUCUUUUGGUGCAUUUACCAUAUGAGGCACGAAUAGCAGGGCCAGUGCAGUAUCGAUGGAUGUACCCAUUUGAAAGAUUCUUGCGUCACUUGAAGAAUAACGUAAAAAAUAAAGCUCGAGUGGAGGGAUCUAUAUGCAAUGCAUUUCUAGUCGAAGAGGCUUCAAAUUUUUGUUCACAUUACUUUGAAAAACAUAUUCAUACAAGACAUAGAAAAGUUCCUAGAAAUGAUCCUGGUGGAAAUGAAGAGAAAUCUGAGGUUAUAUUUCUAUAUUUUCCCAUCCAGGGAGGGCACAUGGGAAAGUUACAACUUGGUAUCUUGAUGAUAGAGAAUAUGUUGCAGCUAAUAAUUAUGUCUUGUUUAAUUGUCAUGAAGUUGCACCAUAUACUCAGUAGGAUCUUUAUUGAUAGACUUCGAGAAAACAAUCCGAGUAUGAGUGCUGCUGAGAUUGAUAAGUGCUUGGAAAAUGAAUUCGCCUUGUGGUUUAAACAUUAUGCUCAGGAUGCAUCAUUGGUUCCAAAUGAAUUUAUUCGAGAUCUUGCCUCAGGUCCUCUUCGCUCAGUCAAAUCAGUACCAAUCUACUACGUCAACGGGUACAAAUUUCAUACCCGCAAAUAUGGGAUCAACAAGUCGACAUUCAACAGUGGUGUAUGUAUCAAAGGUUCAAAUUAUAACGAGACAUCGCAUGAUUAUUUCGGAAUAAUAGAAGAGAUAUUGAUCAUCGAGUAUCCCCGUCUCCCAAUAAAGAAAACAGCAUUAUUUAAGUGUGAAUGUGAAGAUAUUCCUACACGUCUAAAUGAUGAAGAAGGUGAUGCAAUGGAUUUGGAUGAUGAUGAAGAGACCUCAGAAGAAGAAAUAUUGGAUGAAUCUGAAAAAGAUUUUUACUUGUUAGACCAGAGUGAUGAUAAUGAUUCGGGUGAUGAUGAUUUUUUAAAUUGA